CUUUACCCUACUCUGCAAUAAAACCCACUGUCACGCGGUCUUCAUGUGUUCAACUGCCAGGAAACAUAAUUACAACCAUCUCUAGCGCCAGGCUAUAACCCGCAUUCAGCUAGUCUUCUACUGCUCGCACUGCUACAAUGGCUUUCGAAUCUGUCGUUCAGGCGUUGCAUCCUGUCAAGGUAGUUGUUUGGGGCGAACAGGCGAUAGGCUUUCUCGGAGCGGGGACACUACUCAAUAGCUAUAUGCUGAUCCCUUCUGAAUCUGAUUUCGACCUCGCCGCACAGAAGUUGGUUGAGGCAGGUUUUCGCCCCGCCCUAUGGUCGUACGGUAUACUCGAUCCACACCUCCUUCCAGACGACGAGAUAACUCGACGGAUUAACCCUAUGGAAAUCCCUGGAUACCGGAUGCUGGAUGACAAUUCCGUGCGGUUCCAAUUUCCAGCAGGGUUUUCUGGCUCUGAAAGAGUUGUAUUGCUUCGAAGCACGUAUGUCUGCCUUACCCCUCCAAACGAUCCGUUAUCGAUGCAGAGAUUCCAUUGCGACAAGAAUUUGUAUUAUCCCGACAAAGCUCUCCUCCUAGAGAGCUUCAUCAGGACUCUCCUCCAAGACUCUCCAGGCUUCUGGCGCGACACGUUGGGGGUUUGGGCUAUAUCCUAUGUGUAUGGUAUACUGAUGGUUGAAGACACCGUGCUUGAUUCUUGCGACGAAGAAAGUGUCAGGUUAUGGUUUAAUGAAAAGAUUCGCCGGGGAAAGGGUGGUCUAGACAGAACUACAGUCUCCAAGAGAGUGGGUAAAGGACAAGCCCUUACUAAGUAAACUAAAGGCCUUAGAAUUUAG